AUGCCAGAUAAACCUACGCCAUCGAGUCAAAAAUUUUUAAGGGGAAUAGACAAAGAACAAGAUCCAAAUAAUCAGUCAGUGGACGUUGAUUAUUCCGAGUCAGAAACUUCAAGAGAUAUCGAUGAUGUUCGGCGACCUAGCAUUGGAGAUUUUGAUUUUGGUGAAGGGACAAGUAGCACAUAUCCAACAUUGACAGUCGAAAAGACAGUAUCGGAUGCCCCAGAAUCAAAUAAAGAGUACAAAUAUUCAGGUCGACGGAUCGUAGAUUUUGGUUAUAUAAUCGACCAAAUUAAAAGUUGUGUUCAUGAAGGAGGGUUUGGUUGUUCGUUUAUAAGUAUGCGAUUAGUCGGUGAAAUAAAUUAUGGACUUCGUUCUGUAUUUAUAUUUAUUUGUGAAAUGUGUAAUUUGUCUAUAAGAAUUGAGUCUGAAAAGGUAAAUCCCGAAAGAUAUAUAUCAAUUAAUGAGGCAGCUGUAAGCGCAACAAUAUCUGUUGGUAUUGGAUAUUCCCAAAUUUCAGAGGUGUGUGCUACUAUGGAUAUACCUUGUAUGUCUUCAACAAAAUUUACGGAAGCUCAGAGGGAUAUGAGUGAAAAAAUCCAUAAAAUAGCCGGACAACAAAUGGCAAUAGCUGGAAAAGAAGAAAGACGAUUAGCUCUUGAAAGUGGAUCCAUAGAUAAUGAUAGAAUACCAAUGUGUACGGUCGUGGCAGAUGGUCAAUGGAGUAAACGUAGUUAUAAAACUAACUAUGAUGCACUAUCAGGAGUGGCAACAAUAAUUGGUUACAAAUCAAAAUUAAUUUUAUUUAUUGGUAUAAGAAAUCGGUAUUGUUGUGUUUGUCAAAGAGCAAAAAAUAAACACGUCCCAAUUCCAGAACAUGCAUGUUUUUUGAACUGGAAAAAAGGAGCUACCAGUAUGGAAGCUGACGCAAUUGCCGAAGGCGAUGGUGAUUCAAGUAUCACUAGAAGAUUAGCUGAAAUUAUGCCAUAUGGACCAUCUUUAAUUAUUCAAAAAAUUGAGUGUCGUAAUCAUUUGUUGAGAAAUUAUGAAGUGCCAUUACAAAAUCAAUUGAGUACGGGAAUUCAUUACACAAUCAAACAGAAGCUCAGAAAUGCAUGGGCCUAA